UGAAAUCCCAUCAAAAACCCUAGCUGCUCGUGAAUCAUCAGCCUUUUCACCAUGUCAGAUUGGUCAGAUCUCCCUAGUGACCUCCUGCUUCAGAUAGCCCAAAAGAUAAACUCCUUCGAAGACUUAUUUGCUUUUAGCCUGGUGUCUCGUGCAUGGAACGAGGUAGCUUCGGAGGAAAAUUCUAAGAGAUCCUUGUUCGGCACUCACAGUGCCGAACAAGCUGAAUUUACGCUCCCGCCAAACAGUGCCAUGCAAGGUUUGCAAGCAUGCUUUCUCUUCGACACUAGAUCGUCAAACACAGCUCCUUGGCUCAUUCUUCCUGAGAAAAAUGGCACUGGCAGUGAAUCCCGGGAGUUCUUGAGCCUCUACAGAGGCAGAGUUUAUCGUCUUUUACUGCCAGAAGCCAAAGGUAAGCAGUGCCUAUCCUCCCAAGGAUGGCUUAUGAUCAUCGAAUUUCAUAGGGUAAUCAGCCUUGUGCAUCCUAUUUCUCAUCUAAAGAUCUCACUGCCUCAAUUUAUAAGAUAUCCAGAUGGAGAAGAUGGUAAAUAUUUCUAUAUUGAUAAAAUAAGUAAAUUUGUAUUAUCAUCCAAUCCUAGUAGGACUUCAGAUUUCAGGGUGAUGGCUAUUUAUGGAGAUGAUAAAAAAUUGGCCUGCUGCAGACCUGGAGAUGAAGAAUGGACGAAAAUCGAUUUGGGUUCUUCUCCUUGCACCGAUCUAAUAAAUUACAAGGGACAAUUUUGUGUUCUUGAUGAAAAGUUUAGGGUUUUGGCAGUUGAUUUUAAAGGUCCUAAUUCAGCUGCAAAUGUUCAGCUAGUUUCGGAACUAGAACCAAAGUUUAGAGCAAUAUGGGAGUUAAGGAGGCGGCUUCAGCUUAUACACGGGGCACCUGCCAGGUGGAUUCAGUUUUAUGUGGUUGAAUCAGAAGGAGCAAUAAUGAUAGUCAGGCGGAUGAAACAAGUACGUCGCGUUGUUGGUGAGUCUGAUAGUAGAUAUCAAAGUUGCAAGUUUGAAAUUUUGAAACAGGACUUUGAUGAAAAAAGAUGGCGAGUAGUGAAGAACUUGGGGAAUAAGGCACUGUUCUUGGGAGAACAUUCAUCUUCUUUCUUCAUUACAGCUCAUUGUGGAUCUGGAUGCAAGCCUAAUUGCAUAUAUUAUGCUGAAGAUUUAUCUGCAGAAAUAGAAGACGUUGGUGUCUACAACCUCACAUAUGGAUGCACUGAGCCCCUUUUCAAGGAUGCAUAUGUGAAUCAUGGUAGUCCAGCCUUAUGGGUUCAGCCUGGUUUCUGAAGUCUUCCCUAUAUUUGAGUCGAUGAGCAAUUUGGUUCAGCAUUGAGCUUUGAUUUUACAAGUCCAAAUAAAUUCUGGUUAAAAAAAGAGAGAAAAUUUAGUUGGUCUGAUCUUUCUUGCUCUAUGGAAGAAAGUUUUAGUUUGAAUCUCCGUGGGAAAUUUUUACAAUUGAGAAUUUCUGAAAACUCAAAUAAAUUUCAUAACCCAAACGAAUUGAGACUUUGAGUGCAGUGUGCAGCACAUGGUUUUCAGCAGUCGCAAGCAAGCAGGAUAGAAAAUUUGGCGCAGGUUUCAUGGCUGAUGUGCUAACUUAAGAGAGUUCAACAGUCUAUCUUUUUUAGAUAGGAGAAAUUUUUAGCUUUUCUUUGGAUUAUGGUCCUCAUGUGUUCUUUGUUUCUGUUUUGUGGUUGUAGUAGUUUGUUCUACUUCUAAAUCCCAUCCAAAUUCAU